UUGAGCGCACCCGGCGCCUCGGAGUACAAGGACCCGUACAGAGCUAAGACCACUAGAAUUCUGCCUGUUCAGGACAUGCGGCUUUGCAGUGGCCGUCUUGGCAGGGCAGCAAACGAAUUCAGCGGCACCCACUGAACUUCGUACAGGGGAGAGUCUGGCCACCGUGCCAGGAGGUGUGCGCAAAGCAACCGUACACAUGGAACACUGAUGGUUGACGCAGAUACUUCUGGCACGAAGCGGAUUGCUAGUGAAAGGUGUCUCGUAUUUGCCGCUGCACUUUGGCGGAGGAAGGGAAGAUGGCGGAAGAACGCCUUGCUCCACAGGCCACAGGAAAACGACUCCCCUGCGCGUGGGCCAGCCAGAAAGUUUCCUGCCACGCCUGCUCCACAGAUAACCGAUGACAAGAACGUCCUGCUGCUCAGAGGCGGGGGGGAAAAAGCGGCGCUGUCGAAGGUAUACACAAAAGUUAGCUCCUCCGAGCCCGCUGCGCCACCUACGGACUGCCAGCUCGCUUGCAGUCCGCAGGUGAGGCCGUCGGCCGGCUCGGGAGGGAGCCAGGAACUACUCGGGCCCUCCGAUCCCGUCGAUUUUUCUGCCGAGGCUGUGGCGCUGCUGGCGGAGUCCACGUCGGCCGUGCCGCGCGAGCAUCUCUAGCAGGAGCUGCCAGCGCUCGUAGUGCUCUGGGGUUUGCUAAAAAGGAAAGGGGCCAGAAACUACUCAGGCCCUCCGAUCCCGUCGGUUUUUCUGCGGAGGCUGUCGCGCUGGCGGAGUGCACAUCUGCGGUGCCGCGCGAGCAUCUCUAGCAGGAGCUGCCAGCGUUCGUAGUGCUCCGGGCUCUGCUACAAAAUGAAGGAGACAAGACUGGACCAAACUGGGGCGGUGCGGCGGGCAGGGGAGACCCUCGCCGCAGAGAAACUGAUAACAUAGCGAUAAGGCGUACUCCGAGGGUGAGAAAAGGAUAUAACGAUGGGAUCAUAACGAUAAUACUUACUCAGAGAAAAGGAGGCCGGCUCCCAGCAUCGCGAUGACCGCCCCAUACGGAGGGGGAGG